GAGGGGUGGUGCCUUCCACACUGUAAUGCGAUUGGAUACGAUGUUUACCCGAAGCAGGUAGUAAACACCUCCAAUGCCAACUGUCAAAACGUUGGUCAAACAGACACAGAGUCAAGGUUACUACAGAGAGGGGAUCGUAAGUCACUUAGCUCGGACAGUUCAUGGAGGUCGUGUAGCUACUCUAUUCAUACCUCAGUGAUUCUAACGGCCGCAACAAGGAAACAUUAGCUAGCAUGUUAAUAGCACAUUAGCCUAGCUACGAGACGAAGACUGUUGCCAACUAGCGCAGCUGUGUUUCAUCAAACUGUGUAAGUGGCAAACGAAUCGGCAUCAAAAAGUAUUAAUUAACCGACAUUUGACACUUAAUCGCAAAUUUGUACUGAAGAGUGGUGAUGGACUUUCUCGCUGGCUGCAUUGGCGGUGCUGCCGGAGUCUUAGUAGGGCACCCUUUUGACACGGUUAAGGUGAGACUCCAGGUUCAGAAUGUGGACAAGCCUCUCUACCGUGGGACCUACCACUGUUUCCAGUCCAUCGUUCGGCAGGAGUCGAUGUUUGGGCUGUACAAAGGCAUCGGCUCCCCCAUGAUGGGCCUAACCUUCAUCAAUGCCAUAGUGUUUGGAGUGCAGGGAAACGCUAUGCGUUACCUGGGCCACGACACCCCUAUGAACCAGUUCCUGGCCGGGGCCGCAGCCGGAACCAUCCAGUGUGUCAUCUGCUGCCCCAUGGAGCUGGCCAAGACACGCAUGCAGAUGCAAGGCACUGGGGAGAAGAAGUCCAAGAGGAAGCUGUACAAGAACUCCCUGGACUGUCUGGCCCGUAUCUACAAGCGGGAGGGGCUGUCGGGGGUGAACCGUGGCAUGGUUACCACGCUGAUCCGAGAAACCCCCGGUUUUGGGGUCUACUUCCUGGCCUAUGACGUCCUGACUCGCUCCAUUGGCUGUGAACCUGACGACCCCUACAUGAUCCCCAAACUGCUAUUCGCCGGUGGGAUGUCCGGGAUUGCCUCUUGGCUCUCCACCUAUCCAGUGGACGUGAUUAAGUCCCGCCUCCAGGCGGAUGGGGUGGGUGGGGUCUACCAGUACACCAGCAUCGCUGACUGCGUGCGGCAGAGUGUGAGGAGGGAGGGGCUCAGGGUGUUCACGCGAGGUCUUACCUCCACCCUGCUCAGGGCGUUUCCCGUCAAUGCUGCCACCUUCGCCACCGUCACGCUGGUGCUGCUGUACGCACGGGGAGUGGAAGAGGGGCCCAAAGACUGUGAGCUGGGGCUCCCCAACACAGCUCACCACACACCGCUACCGCAGCAGACCCAGGCUUCCAGCUUGUGAUCUGAGUCUGGAGGUGUUACUCCCACCAAAGCUGCUCUACUGUGGGGUGGGGGAGGCGACUCCAGGCCUUCUAGGCAGCGUUCUUUUGUCCAGUGUCUGUGUUCUUUUGCCCAUCUUAAUCUUUUAUUUUUAUUGACCAUUCUGAGGUAUGGCUUUUUCUUUGCAACUCUGCCUAGAAAGCCAGCCUCCAAGAGUCACCUCUUCACU